UGAAACUUUAACAAAAAGAGCAAAGCAUAAUCCAUUCCUUAGCCCAGUACCGACUGCCGUGGCCGCCGCCCAUUCAGUCCCUUCAAACUAGUUGCAAGAACAAAUGCGAACGAUACAGAUGCUCACCACCCACCUGACCAGCUGACCCAUCGCAGAGGCCGGCGGGCGUUGCUGAAGAACCCAGCCAUGUCGUCGUCGUCGUCGUCAGGUCCAGCGAGGGGGAGCAGCGCUAGCGCGGGCGAGAGCCUCCGGAACUCGUGCAACGACUUCGCCCGGACCCUGUCUCGGCUGCCGGCCAGCAUCAUGGAGGGGCUGUCGAGGUCCAUCCCCCGCCGCGCCCCGAGGAGGAGUCACCCCUCGGUUCCCCACCAUCUCCUGCCGCCGCCGCCGCCUCAGCUCGUCCCCGACGAGCUCUUCUUCUUCAGCGUCUUCGAGCAGCAGUACGGCGGCCACCACCCCUUCUUCUACGGGUGCCGCUUCGCCGACGCCCUGCGGGCCGCGCGGAGGGAGGGCAAGCUCGUUUUCGUGUACCUCCACGACCCGGGCCACCCCUACACCGAGCCCUUCUGCCGGAGGACGCUCUGCUCCGACGUGGUGGUGGAGUUCCUCGACGCCAACUUCGUGUCCUGGGGCGCUGUCAGCGGCAGCGGAGAGGGCCCUGGCAUGGUAGCCUCGCUGCAGCCCGGCAGCUUCCCGUUCUGCGCCAUCGUCGCUCCCGUCUCCGAUGAAAGCAUAGCAGUCCUGCAACAGAUAGAGGGGCCAGUCUCACCGUCCGAGCUGGUGGAGAUCUUGCAGCGCACCAUUGACGAGCAGCGCGCGACUUUCGGGCCCUCCGGCCCUGUCGACCAACCUGCAGCUGCCAGAUCGGCAGAGGAAGAAGAGAGGAGGAGAUCGGCGCAGCGGCUACGACAAGAACAGGACGCUGCUUACAUGGAGUCCCUCCGGAAGGACCAGGAAAAAGAAAGAUCCAGAAAGAGCCAUCAACAGGGAGCUGCCAUUGCCAUUGCCAAGCCGAGAGCAGGUAACGAGCUUCGCCCAAGACGUGCAGGCCAGGCAUCAAGAGAACCUAUCAAGACGACGACUCAGAUCAGAGCAUCCCCUCACAAGGAAACUGCACCUUCGCACAGAACUGAACCAAAUACCAAGAUCCUGAUAAGAUUUCCCAACGGUGAGAGAAGGCAGCAGAGCUUCCAUCACACGGACACCAUCAGAGAGGUCUACAGGUACGUGGACUCCUUGAGCAUAGCAGGCAUUGGAAGCUAUCAGUUCGUACGAAGCUACCCAAGGAAGACGUACGGUCAGCAGCAGCUGGGGAUGACACUCAGAGAUGCAGGUUUCUACCCGACCGUGACAUUGUACAUCGAGCAGCUUCAGUGAUUAUACAUAAACUUCAAUCAAAUGAUGCAAUUGAUAUAUAUAUCUCUGGAGAUGUGUGGAAGAAAAAACAAGACAAAUGUCUGUAUAUAUUAUGUGCCUUAUAAUCAGUUAUAAAAAUCCACAUAUUUCACUU